UGAACAUCUGUUGCAUUCCGGAAAACCGAUACAGGUGAUCGGAUGAUCAUCGGUUGCAUUCCAGCUGAUUGGCUGAACAUCUGUUGCAUUCCGACUGCUGAUCGAUGUGACCUCUGUUUGCGUUCUGGGUGCUGAUCUACUGAGAUUCAUCGUCAAACAGAUCCUAUAUCGUAGUCUUUGAGAAAGACUCAUCUGAUCGGGGUUUGAUGUUGCAAAGGAAAAAGAAAGAGAAACGGUGCACUUCUGCAAAGGAUCAAUGAGACAUAAGAGAAUGGGAAAGAAGAGCAAGGGUUUGUUUAGAAUAGGAGACCAGGUGGAGGUGCGUUUUCUUUAUGAAGGGCUGAAAGGGACAUGGCACCCUGCAGAGGUCUCGGAUUAUACAGAAUCUGAAUGGAUAGUUGUGUACGACAGAAUCAAGGAAAGCGGUGGUUCAUCAUGGUUCGUAGAUCAUAUCCCUAUGUCUGGAUCUCUUCCAUUCUUGGGCUCUGAUUCUUCUUCUUCUUCCAAGAACAAGAGACCAAGGAUUAGGGCUCUCUAUCCUCCUCUUUCGGCUCCUCCCUCUCAUGAAAACCUGGUUCCUGGCCUCUGUGUCGAUGCCUUUAUAGAAGUGUGUUGGUGUGAAGGUGUGAUUGUAGAGAGCAAGAGUGGGUGUGCGGAGAUAACUGUUUUUUUUCCGGAUGAAGCCUGUGAACAGAGUAUCUCUCUCUCAAAAAUCCGAAUAACUAAGGAUUGGGAUGAAUUUUCAAGGAAAUGGACUGACCGGGGGCGAUGGCCAUUGAUGACAUGUCUUGAGAAAAUCCAGAAAAAGGGGUCCUUUCUCUCUCUCAACCAGUUGUGGUGUCAAUUGAGUAUGAAGAGGGAAUUUAUGCAGGUGGUUUUAGAGUGGACUUGUACGAGCAAAAUGACAUGGGAGAUGCUCAUAGAUCAGGUAAUUGGAGAUGCUGAGAGAGAAAGGACUGAGAAGCAGAUGCGAGCCUUGGUGGAUGAUGAAGAAGGCAUGGUGGCCAUGGAGUGUUGCAGAGCUUUAGAUGUAAGCAGCCAUGGCUCUAAAACUAACGGACAUUCAUCUUAUUCAGCUAAUGGGUUGCCUUUGGAAUAUGAUUCAGAGCACCAUUCGAUCGAUGCAGGCCAAGUAUUCGAACCGACUUUCCUGUUUCCAUCUUAUUCAACCGAUGAAUUGUUUUCUGAAUAUGAUUCAGAGCACCAUUCGAUUGAUCCAGGCCAAGUAGAGGAACCCACUUUCCAGUUUCCAUCUUAUUCGACCGAUGAAUUGUUUUCUGAAUAUGAUUCAGAGCACCAUUGGAUUGAUGGAGCCCAAGAACAGGAAUCCACUUACCAGUUUUCCUCUCAAAGUACACACGAUGAUUACAGUGAGAAAGAGGAGCAAAAAAGGUGUGGUAAAGUCACAAAGAGGAAGAGGGGUUCCUUAGAUAGAGGAGAAUCAACUUGGGAGGUUAUCAACAGCGGAGCAGCGAAGCAAUCACACCAUUACCCCGACUCAAUAACUGAUUACAUUGAAGUCAGGAACAACAAUGGGAGUAGGAGAGGGAAGGGCCUCAUCAAACAUAUGAAGCAAACAGCUGUGAAUCAUCUUUUAUCAGCUGGAUGGAGGUUGGAGUGUAAGGUAUGUGAUAAACGAUAUGCUUUCCGCUAUGUUUCAGCGAGUGGAAAAGCUUAUUACUCUCUCCUUCAAGCUUGUAUGGCAUAUCAAGAAGCAGGACUUUCACAGAGGAGCUGCACAAUCGAUGAAUUGAGCUCUUGUGGUCUAACUCCUCUGCCUCAAUUGUCUAAUUCCACUGAAAUCAGGGGAAAGGAGACACUUAAGCUCUCAAACUCCAUUAGAAGAAGUUCAUCUACUGAAGAUAUACUCUCUACUGGUUCUACUAUGGCUCUGAGAUCUGAUGUUUCAAUUGAGCAAUCAUUUUGCCCUAAAGAUCCACUGGAAGAAUACAAGGAUAAUGAUCAAAAUUUGAGGGCCUCUAAACAGAGGAAGUCUUUGUUAUAUAUCUCUGGGGACCAAGAUUUGAAGGCAGUUUAUUGUCCAAAAAUUUUAGCUGAGUAUGUUGAGGUGUAUAAGAACAGUGAUCUAAACCAAGGUCAAAAACUCAGAAUGACUAAACCAAUGGUAACAAGAGUGAUGGAGCAUCUGAACUCAAUGGGGUGGUCCUUUCCAUACAAGCCCAAGAAUUCAAGGUUUGAAAGGAGGUACAUUUCCCCUAGAGGGAGGACUUAUACUUCACUCAUAACUGCUUGUAAAGCAUUAGAAUUAGAGAGAGAAGGGCAUUAGAAUUAGAGAAGCAUUAGUAUCAGAGAGAGAAGGGCAUAAGAAUUAGAGAGAGAAUGAUGCUGCAACAUUGAGGCUGCUAGGGGCAAGGAGUGCAUAAUAUGUGCCAAGUUAGUGCAUGGAACCCAUUGUUUUGGUGGUCUUGCUUCAUUUCUCCCCCAUUUUGUUUGGUUGAUUUAGGAUUUUUUUUUUUUUGGGUGUUAUUCAAUUGUUACAUCCUUAUAACUAGAAACUAGAAAAUUAUGAACUUUUCAUUGAGUUUGUGAUAGGGCUAUUGCGUUGAAUCUUUUUGGUGGUAUGCAACACUUGACAUUGGAUUUUGUCAGAGUGGAGGUUUUCACUACAGUCUAUAGAAAUAUUUGGCU